AUGCUCCUCAUUGGUCUCACCGGCUCAAUAGCGACCGGGAAAUCCACAGUCUCGUCUCUCCUCCGCUCCGAACCCUACAACCUCCCCAUCAUCGACGCCGACGUUCUCGCCCGUCAAGUCGUCGAGCCAGGCACUUACGGCUACAAGCGCGUCAUCGCUGCAUUCGGGGAAUCGACGCCAGAUCUACUGCUGCCCACCUCAUCACCUUCGACACAGAAGGCAGGGCUGGAUGAUGGUGCGAAGACGGAGGAGACGAGAGGCAGGCGAACAGGACAGCCCAUCAAUCGCGCCGCUUUGGGCCGUCGAGUAUUUGGCUCCUCACCUUCACGCAUGAGAGAUCGGAAGACCUUGAAUGGGAUCAUACACCCGCUUGUGCGACUGGCAAUGCUGAGGCACGUCCUAUACUAUUACCUCACAGGUCAUUGGGCGGUGGUGCUUGAUAUCCCGCUGUUGUUCGAGUCCGGGCUUGACAUCUUUUGCGGAGUGGUGAUUAUGGUCGCGGUCAGUGAUCCAAUAGUGCAGAUGAGGCGGUUGAGAGAAAGGGACAAGGGUCUGAGUGCUGAGGAGGCAGAAGGGAGGGUGGGCAGUCAGAUGGCUGUUGGGGAGAAGGUCGCGGCGACGCAAGAGAAGGGUGAAAGGAGGGGGAAAGUGAUUCUCAAUGAUCGAGGCAUGGAGGAGUUGAGGCGGGAGGUAGAUAGAGUGAUAGGAGAAGUGAAGAAGGAAGGCGGUGGGCCGUGGUGGAGGAUAUGGUUCUGGGGCAACCCGCUGGCUGCACUGGUGUUCGGUAGCCAAGAGGUAUUGAAGUCAUGGUGGGCGAGGAGGAGACAGCAGAGUAGCAAAAAUGAGAAGGCCAGAUUAUGA